UUUUGCACUUUGCGAAAUAUUGUUUACAAUUGUGUUGAUUUUCUGGCGGAUACUCCGAGGAUUCCCACGAUGGAUCAAUAUCCGGACGAGAACGAAGAAUUCGAGCUGCAGUACCAAGACGAGUUGGAGCUGCUAGACGAUGUGCCGCACGAGUUUGACGCCUACGAUGGACCGAGCACCUCAAAGCAGGCAGCGGAAAAGCAGAAGGAAAACCGAGCUCCCAUAGGAAUUAAAGAUGCCUCCAACUUCACUCUGGGCUCGCCGCAACUGUCUCAAAUUACCUUCGGAGCGAGCCAGUUGGAUGCUGGUGAUGAUGCAGGCAGCGGCGGUGGCCACGUCAAUCGCAGACUUUUCGGUACGCCAAAAGGACCGCCGGCGGGCCGUGGCUGCUCCACACCCUUUCAGCGUAUGCCGGCCACAGAGCUGGAUAACACUCAGCUGACCAGCAGGGGAUUCGACCAGGAGCCGCUACUCAAUGCCGCCGCCAAACAACUUCAGGAUGUGGGUCUCAAGAAUGCUAACAAGCGGCGCCUGGAACGUGAUCUCUUUGGUGAUAUCGAUGAUCUCUUUCACGAAUCGUACGAGGAUCUGGUGAAAAAGGCCCGGACGGAGGAGCAAAGGGAUAACGAGGCCAUUGACAAGAUCCUGGAAUUGCGACGAAAAAUGCGCGAAUCAAGCAAGACUCUGCGAAAGGAUGAUGCGAGUCGGCUGCAGGCUCUGCAUGACUUCAAGAUGCGUAACCUCUCCUACGAGAUACCCAACUGGCCCUUUUUGGCCGUUCAACGGAGCGAUUUGGAGCGCAUCUAUGUGCGAUUCCAUUCCGAGGAUUACGAGCAACGUCAGCUGGAUAUGCUGAGUGUGAGGGGCGCAUCGCCAGUGGUGGACAGCCUGCUAGGCGAAGCCAAGGAGAAGAUAUGGCAGGAGGCCAGGGAAAUGGUUCAGCUACGUGCAGCUUUCAAUCCAGCCUCAGAAACAGAUAUAACCUUGGUAUCGGCCACUGACCAUACGGAGACUGGACGCCUUUGGGUGGACAAGUAUAAGCCAAGGAAAUACAUUGAUCUGCUGUCCGACGAGAUGACCAAUCGAAGUCUGCUCUACUGGCUAAAAAUGUGGGAUAAAGUGGUAUUUGGGAGCUUUCACAGCAAGCAGCAACAGGAACAGGCGGAGGCAGGCACUGGAGGCGGUGGCGGCGGAGGAGGAUCUAAUAACCAGCUCAAUAGCUUUAAUAAGCGUACCGGCAAGUUCGAAUCCAAUGGGGGCUGGCGGCAAAGGAAAUCCCGUCAAGCUCUGAAUACAAAUGUAGACGUCCUGGGUAGACCCAUGCAAAAGGUUGCCCUGCUUUGUGGUCCACCUGGCUUGGGUAAGACCACAUUGGCCCACACCAUCGCCCGGCAUGCAGGCUAUAAUGUUCGCGAGAUCAAUGCCUCGGACGAUCGCAGUCCCGAAGCCUUUAAGCUGGCCUUGGAGAAUGGAACGCAGAUGUCGUCGGUGUUGAAUCAGGAUAAGCGGCCCAAUUGCAUUGUUUUGGAUGAAAUCGAUGGUGCUCCGCGUCAAUCCAUCGAAUAUCUUGUCAAAUUUGUCAACGACGGCAUUUUCAACAAGGUAAAGGCCAAGGGGGCCAAGGCCGAGCACAAUGUCCUAAGGCGUCCAAUUAUUUGCAUUUGCAAUGAUGUCUACGAUCCUGCACUGCGACCUUUGAGACAAGUUGCCUUCGUGGUAAGCUUUCCGCCUAUUGAUGCUGCGCGUUUAGCGGAAAGAUUGGUGAAGAUUGCCCAAAGGGAGCAGUUAAAAACGGAUUUUGGUUCAUUGAUUGCCUUGGCGGAGAAAUCAGGAAAUGAUGUUAGAAGCUGUAUUUCAUCCAUGCAGUUCUUUAAUGCCCAAAAGCAUAGCCUUACUUUGCAGGAUGUGCUUAAUAAUAAUUUGGGACAAAAGGAUCGACACCAGGGGCUUUUCGAGGUUUGGGAUGCCAUUUUCCGGGUAGAUAAAACGCCUCGAAAGACGCUACAAACAGACGGCAACAAAGCCGACGAGCCCGUUCAGGUUACAAUGACGAAUAUGUCGGUGACAACACGAGUGGGCAAUGUUUUGGAUGUCGUGCACUCCAGUGGGGACUACGAGAGACUCACCCAAGGCGUUUAUGAGAACUACUUGCAGCAGAAGAUGCCCGAUCCAAAUUUUACGGGAGUGUGCGAGGCUCUUAAAUGGUUCUGUUUUACGGAUACGGUACAACAUCAGAUAGGGCGUCAGCAAAACUACAGUGUGUAUCCGUAUCUGCAGUAUGGCUUUGUCGUUUGGCAUUUGCUGUUCGCAACGUUGGCAUGGCCGAAAAUUGCAUUUCCCACGCGUGGCUUUGAGUUUCAACAGAAGAGCACCAACCAAAGGAAUAUCUUUCAAGCCAUGCGCAAAGGUGUCACCACCCCGGCAUUUGGUGUGGGUCAGGGCAGGGUUCUGCUCGAUACGGUGCCAUUGCUCAAGAGGAUUCUAUCGCCGCAAUUGCGCUCAGUGGCUGUGCAGUUGUUGUCACCAAAGGAACAACAAGACCUGCGCCACACCAUCGAUGUAAUGGUUGAUCUCGGUCUGACAUUUGUUCAGGUGAAAAAUAUGGAAGGGCAUUAUGUGUUUCAAACGGAGCCAGAUUUGGAUGCACUUAGUGCAUUUCCUGGCUAUCCUGGUCUCACUCUUCCCUACUUCAGUCGCCAGCUCAUAGCUCGCGAAGUGGACUUGGAGCGGAUACGACGAGCUGCUCCCAAAGGCGGAGACCCAUCUGUUCCAGCUAUCGCUACCAAGAAGAAAACUACAGCAGGCGCUCAGCUGCCCAAUCAUUUACAGACAUUGAAGCCGAAACCCAUUUCAUCGGCGGCUAAUAUGCGCAGUGCAGCGCCCAAGCAGCAGCUUACCAAAGACUUUUUUGGACGAGUUACUCACAAAUCUGCUUCUACAACUCAUAAAGAUGAGGGAAAAACUGAUGCCAUAGUGAAGAGCCCAAUUUGGUAUCGGUAUAAAGAGGGCUUCAAUAAUGCCGUCCGCAAGGAUGUACACUACACGAGCUGCUCUAGAAUUACUUAGAUACCUAAGGUCUAUAAUUUUAUUUAUUAAAAGGAUAAUAAAAAGUAGAACUCUAAGAAAAUAA